GAUAAGAUACUACGGAAAAUUAGCCCCAAAAUCACGUUUUAAUAAUAACAUCCCGACAUUAGGAAUGACCAAGAGAGAUGAUGUACCGCCAGAAGCUGAGUAAAGUUAAAUGUGGACGAUGUCAACUUGUCAUCCCACUCCGUCUGUGGAGAGAACAUACCCUCCAACAUGGAUCUCUGAGGAUUUUAAAGCUAGAUAACUACCCGCCAUCCUUUCUUGAACUUACCAGACACUAUUGCAGUAUGUUAGAGAAAAUAGACGACGCUGAUAAAAAGUCCACCGCCCGUCUGACGAAUGCUUAUGACACACUAAAAAUGCUUUAUUUCAAGGAUUUUAAGGAAUACUCGGAGGACAACUGCUACUCACCCGGCUACUCUCCCUCAUUUGAGAAGAUGACUGAAGCUCUAGCUCCCAAGAACUACAACUACGCUUCCUGGGAUUGUGAGAGUAACACUGAUCCUCCCGCUCCGUACAGUUUUGGGUUGAAGAUAGAGCAACUGAAUGAGAACAUAUUCCACUCGGAGGAGUUGAUACAGGAGCUUAGACAAACCUUCUUUACCGCAGACCCUGUCACACCCGAUCUGAGACAAGAUGAUGGUUCACUGUGGGGGUGUGCCAUGUUUGAGGGUUUAAAAGGGAACACAGCCUCUCGGUACACUGCCAGUAACUACUGGUCCUAUGUGAAGGAGAUAUUGGGAGGAGGCUCCUCCUUUCCCUCUCCUCACGAUAUCAGGCGUGCAAUGAAGCGAUCACUUCACAAGAUAGAUGUGAACCUGAAGCAGGGUCACGAAGAGCUGGGUCAGAGCAGGUGGAGUGGAGUUACCGGGUGUAUGUGUAUCUUUCAAACCAUUCCUAGCCAAGACAACGGCCAAUCAAGACCUUCCACUGCUACAUCCCAGACCGAGACCUCUACUGAUAAUGUGAAAGAUAGUUUGGGAAUGUUACACGUGGCUAACAUAGGCUCAGUGACCGCCAUACUGUCACGUGAGGGGCUCCCCAAGAAGAUAACUUACACUCACACAGCGGCGGACAAGGCGGAGAGAGAACGUGUUAUUUCUAACGGGGCUGCUGUGUCUUCUUCCGGGCAGGUAAAUUGUGUAACAACAGUGACACGAGCUCUUGGUUUCCAUGGAGACGUCAGCUUGAGACAUGCUCUAUCUCAGAAAUCUUAUUGUAACUCCGUCCCUCUGUUUGAAUCAGACGAGUUUCUUAUCAUUGCUAAUGCCACGUUCUGGAAGUACCUGGGUCCAACAGAAGCCUGCAACAUGUGCAAAUCACUCCUGGCUCCUAGUCUUCGGAAACUUAUACACAUCUUUACUACACUUCCUAACGAAGUUCAGGAGGAGGCCCUGUCAAACGCCUCAACCCUCGAUUACGACGCUCUGGUAUCUGACUUUGGGGACAAUUCUCAGGAUAGCUCUAUGAUUCCUGAUAAUGAAAGCGAGAAGAACGUAAUGCUGGUCAAGUUCAACUCGCUAAUAAAAAUGGCGACCUGCAUGCUUGCAAAGAAAUUCACCGAAGCAAAUGAAGACAAAGCAGACGGAGUGGAAGCUGGUGCUGGGAAGAGUCGUCAGAGUGGGUACAGAAGCAAACUGGAAGGCAGGAUCUCUGAGGAGAUUGAGGAUGACGAGAGUCAAGCAGGAGAUGAGAUAAACUGGAGUGACAUGUUUAACGAUCCUAUAGACAAUCUUUCCGUGGAUGAUGUUUGUAAGAUGCUGAGUGACACCAUGUCUGAUUCUCUGGUGGACGCCGCCAGGCAGGCCGGGGCUGUGGGACCAAUUUCUUGUGGGGUAAUGUUACUUCAGGGUGCACUAGAGUCUGUCAGGAGGCGGCUCUUCUAUGAGCAAGCUAUUCAUGAACUGAAGAAAAUGUUCGACGAUUUUGCGAUGAGUGAAGCUUCUCUGAUGAGCAGUUCAGCUGGUGAUGCGGUCAGUGUUCUCUCUACAAGUUCUGGGGUUAAUCUACUCCCUCCUUCCUUUGAAGCGCUAGAUCAAUACGAACCUUCUCUCCAAUCACCCACUGACAUGGUGUCGCACCAGAUCUCUACAAUAGUUGGUAAACCACCUUCUAUAAUCCAGCCCGACAUUGCUGAACACAUGACUUUAGAUCCGGGAAGUCUGGUCUUUAAGGAUUCCCUUGGGGUUUUGAAACUUACUAGAAACAUCGAGAAGCUCAAAUAUAAGAAUCUCAACCUGGACGCACUAAGACUAGAAGAUGUUGACGAUGCAUCGCUCACUAAACAAGAGCAACGUGAUAUGAUCAGAGACAUGGUUGCCAUGGCAAUUCAUCAGAACACCACUCCAGAUCCAGAGGCAGAGGGAGACUCAGCUCAGCCAAUCACUCCAACAGCAACUGUCUUGCCCACAGCUGUGUCCUGAACACUCCGCUCUGUGGGUCUCAAUCAGCAGUGUGUGUGAGAAAACACCAUUGUCGCGGUCGGAAGUACAACUCAUGUUCUUGUGGAAGGUCGACAUAUUGUGGAGAGUUGCUUAUUACUAUUAGAUAGGGUUUUAAGAAGCAGCAUUAUUAUGUGUUUACCGGGCUGUAUGUGCAUAGCACGCCGAUAUAAUUAUACUGGCAUUUCUUUAAUCGCCAUCAUCGUGCUUAUCAUAUCUUUAUCGUUUCUUAAUCGGCAGCAAUUUCAAUUCCAUCAGUUUAUCAUACCUGCUUGAGGACAGAGACGGCAAAUCGUAUGAUAAUAACCUCUGUUGUGUACUGACUACUGAGUAUGUACUGAUUUAUUGCACGCUUGCCGGCACUAUGUCUCUAAGAGGUACUUGUCAAGCAAUCAAUUUAAAAGCGUCUUUGUACUCUCGACUCCCCUAAACAUUUCACUAAUAAUCUAUUGCUGUCAUGUUAACUAACACGAUUUUAAGAAAAUGGUGUUGUGGUAACUUUUAAA